AUGCAGGAGGAGUACGAUGCGCUGCAGUGUAAUCGGACCUGGGAGCUGGUCCCCUGGCCCCCUCGCGCCAACGUCAUCACCGACAAAUGGGUCUUCAAGCACAAGCUCGGCUCCGUCGUGCGUGGUUUUCGGCAACGCGCCGCUGUCGACUUCACGGAUACGUUUGCCCCGGUUGUCAAACCGGGCACGAUCCGCACGGUGCUGGACCUUGCCGCCUCUCGCGUGUGGCCGGUGCAUCAGAUGGACGUCUUCAACGCCUUCCUUCAUGGCCAUCUGUCGGAGCAGGUGUACUGCCAGCAGCCCAUCGGCUUCAUCGACGCCGAGCGCCCCGAUGACGUGUGUUUGCUCUCUCGGUCCUUGUAUGGACUGAAGCAGGCGCCCCGCGCCUGGUACCAGCGCAUCGCCGGCUUCCUGCAUCAGCUUGGCUUCCGCUCCACGCGUUCCGAUGCGUCGCUGUUCGUCUACCGGACCGACAAUGACAUGGCCUACCUGCUGCUGUAUCUCACCGACAGUCUUCACGCUGAGUUCGCGUUGAAGGAUCUCGGACCGCUCCACUACUUCCUCGGCAUCGAGGUUUUCCAGCGUGCGGACGGGUUCUUUCUUCAUCAGUGGAAGUAUGCCCACGAGCUCCUCGAGCGUGCAUGGAUGCUUAACUGCAACCCUGCACCUACUCUUGUCGACACGAAGGCCAAGCUUUCAGCCAGUGAUGGAUCACUGGCUUCCGACGCGCCGUUCUACCGCUCCAUUGUCGGUGCCCUCCAGUACUUGACGUUGACACGUCCGGAGCUCCAGUACGCUGUGCAGCAGGUGUGCUUGCAUAUGCAUGCCCCUCGGGAUGCUCAUUGGGCUGCGGUGAAGCGGAUUCUCCGCUACGUCUGUGGCACCAUGGGCUAUGGCUUGUCGCUGCAUGCCUCGCCCUCGACGUCGACCGACCUCGUUGCCUACUCGGACGCGGACUGGGCGGGCUGCUCGGACACGCGGCGCUCCACCAGCGGAUACUGUGUCUACCUCAGCUCGUCGCUCGUCUCUUGGUCCUCCAAGAGGCAGCCCACCGUGUCUCACUCCAGUGCUGAGGCUUAG